AUGGCGCCCGGCAUCCUCGGCCCGCGUCCACCCGCGGCGCACCCGCACGCCUACACCACCUUCGCGCCUCUGCAGUACCACGGCGCCGCUGCUCCUUACUACGCCGCGCCACCCUCCGUCGCCGCGUCUCCAACUUACGGUAUGCCGCCGCCCAUGCCGCAGUACAUCGUCCCUGCGCACUUCGCGUCGCCGCCAACAACAGCAGUUCCGGCCCCUCCUUCGUCGGGUCCACAUGGCGCCUCCUUCACUGCAUCAACCUCGACGCCGAGCUUCCAGCAGACAGCGCUCAUCAACGCCCUGCAGGACAUGUCCAUGCACGGCGCAUGGGUUGCGGACUCCGGGGCUUCAGCGCACGUGACAGGCAACCAAGUAUCAGCCAUGGUGAUCUCCGCCCCUCUCUGCCACGGCUUCCUGCCCAUCUCCGAAGCCGCCAAGGGAUCCUCUGCGUGCUACAGGAGGCGGAGGCUGGUCCUCGCCGCCGGCUGCCACUCCGGUCCAGUCGCUGCCGCGGCGACGCACGCGGCCCCGGUGGCCGAUGCCGCCCGCGUCGCCAGGAGGAGGUGCGAAUGCUUUGAUCUCCAUCAGCAGAUAGUUCCUUUCGCUGAAUCGUGGGCUAGGCAGAAGUCCAUUGUUAAGAGGAGGAAAGGGCUGGUAGACAGCGACGAGGAUCACAUGGACACCUUGAUCGCCCUGCAGCAUCCACCCGUUUAUACGUUGGGCACCGGCAGCAGCGAGGAGUUCCUCCAUUUCGAUGUAGGAGAUUCUCCUUAUGAGGUUCAUCGUAUUGACCGUGGCGGGGAGGUGACAUAUCAUGGUCCUGGACAGCUUGUCAUGUACCCGAUUAUCAAUUUGCGGUAUCACGAGUUGGAUCUUCACUGGUACCUUAGGUCACUGGAAGACGUGAUCAUCCGUGCCCUUCACUCCGCAUUUUCUAUUAAGGCGUCGAUAGUAAAAGGCCUUACUGGUGUCUGGGUUGGGGAUCAGAAAGUUGCAGCUAUUGGAAUCCAUUGCUCACGAUAUAUAGUAUAUCAUGGCCUAGCUCUAAACGUCACAACCGACUUAGCCCCUUUUGAACGUAUCGUUCCCUGUGGCAUAAAGGACCGUCGCGUUGGGAGCAUUAAGGACAUAUUACAGAGGACUUCCAAUGGAAGGGAACUUAAUGAUGCAGAACUGAUGGAUAUAGCUUAUGAGUCGUUGAUCAAAGAGUUUGCUGAGAUUUUCCAGCUCUGUCUGGAACCCAGCACUGAUUUGUACCUUCAGCCAAGAUUCAGUCACAGGAAACGUUUCAGCAAACCUGAGAGUUGUUUGUGGCGCUGGGCAGAAGAGAAUGAUUGUUGGUAAGUAUGCGGUGCGAUCGGUCAUUGAACCCACCGCUGCAAACAUCGUAAGAGCAAGAAGGGACUACCUUGACAAAACGUAAAGUUGUUCAGCCUUUCUUUGAAAGACUCCUUGAAUUUGAAUCGCCUUUCUAAGCCUCCUG